AUGUCCACCAUCACGAACCUCGCUUACCGUACCGGCAACGCCGAAGACAACGCCGAAGAUAACACCGAAGAGGCAAAGAAACAGCGCAGGCGCCUCCAGAACCGGGUGAACCAGCGGGCUAGAAGACAGCGGCUCCAGGAGUCAGCCGCAGAGGACCAGGACCAGGGAAGAGCAAAGCGGCCGUACCGAGUUGAUAGGUGGCGCGUGGAAGAGCACGGGAUUACCGGUACAGUCGUGGGUGACCAGAAUCAGGAUAGUAAGAAUGAAAAGAAGAAGAAGGGUCCCGAAGGUGUUCUCGCGGUACAGAGUCAAAGUAUACAACCAGAACAGCCACAGGGUUUCAAUAUCGAUUCCCUCCACCCACGUCAGAACACCAUGUCCACCACUAAGCUCGCCGUCUCCAUCUCGCCAGACCACCAUCUUCUCCGGAUCAUCCACCUCAAUGUCUUCCGCGGCCUGCAGCAGAACAAAAUAUGCCUGUGGCGCUUUACGUCCUAUGAGAGGCUUGAGAAACCACAGAUUUUCUGUGGAAUCGAUCCAGACCUCUAUGGGUCGUCGCUGUUAACGCUCCGUGCUACGAGUACAACUACAACUACGGCUACGGCCACGGCCACCAAGUCCACUCAGAGUAAGGAUAAGAAGAAGGACGAUUACUCUCUGCUGCCGGAUACACUUGUCCCCACCGAGACACAGAGGAGCCGCAUCCACCAGAGGUGGAUCAACACCUUCCCGUUCCCGCGGAUGCGCGAGAACUUGAUUCAGUAG